UAUGAACAAGUUGGAUUUUUUAUUCGAUAAAUUAAGCAAAUCGUAUUCAAUUCUAAGUGAUAAGACGCUUUUAAGUGAAAGAGAUUAUUUGUUUACAUUAAAAGCAACUUUAGAAGCUAAAGCUGAUAUAAUGCAAGGAGAAAUUUGUAAAUUAUCAGCAAAGUUACAAAUUCUUAAGGCAAGUUGCGAAAGUUUAGAUCAAAAAUACAGGAACAACGUGUUAGAAUACGAAAAUCUUAAAACGGCCUUGGAUAACUAUAAGAGUGAAUUAAAUUAUCUAAAAAAGGAAGAAGCUCUUGUAAAACGGAAGAAUUUUCAAUUAAAUACAGAAAAUCUAGGUUUGAAAUCUUUAGUUAGAAUUGCCAAAGCUCAAGAAAAUAGCGAAUAG